AUUCCGAAUUGUUUCGAAUACAGAAUAAUAAAUAAAAUAAUGCAAUCAUUAAAUAAUUCACAAUUAAUUAGUACGGCUGGUGGUACCGUUACAAUUAUACCAGCCGGAACUGUUACCGGUACCGGUGGUGGAAUUACUGGUCAUCCAAUUACUGUACAAGCGACAAAUCAACAUGGCCAUCCACAUCAUCAUCAUCAUCAUCAUCAUCUAGGUCAACCGACAAAUAUACAAUUGAUAAUAGCAACAAAAUCAUUACCACAAGCAAUGCCUGUUGCUACAGCAACACCGGUAGCUGUAAAACAAGAUGUCAUCUCUAUACCGGUAUCAGUAUCGACACCACAAAUGGUUAAACAAGAGGUUAUUACAUUACCGGUAAUGGCAUCAACAUCACAAAUGGCCUGUUCAACAGCGGGUACCACUUGUAUGUUGGUAGCACCAUCAGCAAUCAAUACGGUUGUUAAUAAUAUUCAACAUGCCACCAAUCAAACACAUCAACAACAACAACAACAACACCAAACAAUGACCAAUCUUAGUAAUUCCAAUCAAUUAAAUCAACAUCAAACAGCAACGGCCAUAAUAACAACUGCACCAAUUCAACAACAACAACAACAACAUCAACAACAAUUAUCGCAACAACCUCAACAACAACAACAACAACAACAACUUCAACUUCAUACGCAAACGCUUAAUCAUACGAAUGUGAUAACUACAAAUAAUAAUAAUACCAUUAUGGUAACUGGACAAACACCUGGUUUAGAUUUACUUGCUUGUCUUGAAUGUGGUAAACAUUUUGUAUCGGUUGCUAAGCUGAAAUCACAUGAAAAAACACAUUCAAAAUCACGGCCAUUUAAAUGUAUUGAUUGCAAUAAAUCAUUUACAGUUCGAUAUUCAUUGAUAUGUCAUACACGAACACACACACGUGAACGUCCAUAUCAGUGUUCACAAUGUGGAUCUCGUUUUACACAGGCAUCAAGCCUAAAAACACAUCAAAUUUAUAAACAUACGAAAAAUUUUCCAUAUGCAUGUAAACAAUGUGAUCGAGGUUUCAUAUCACCAGGACAACGACAUGAACAUGUUGUACGUACACAUCUUAAACUUUCAAGUUCCAGUGGUUCUCGAUCAACGAAAUGUUCUAAAUCUAAAUCAUCAUCGAAUAAAACAUCGAAAUCAAAACAACAGCAGCAACAAUCUAAAUUGAUCAAUCAUACGAUAACGAAUACGACAAUGAAUAAUAAUAAUAAUAAUGGUACAAUGACAAAUCAGAAUAAUGGUACAACAUUAGUAACGACGGCAACAACAACAGCAACAGUUUCGACGGCUGUAGCGGAAACAAUAUCAACACCAAUAACGACAACAACAAUGGUGGAAAUAGCCACAGGAAAUGAUGGUCAAAUUGUACAACAAAUCAAUGAUGUUGAUGAUGAUGACGACGACGAUGAUGAUGAUGAUGAUGAUGAGGAUGUUGUUGAAAAUGUACAUGGUACAAUUGUUACAACAACAACACCGGUUACAUCGGCUAAUACAGUAACAUUAGUAAAUGCAACGAUUUUACAACCGGAUGAUGCAAACAAUAAUGGCCAACAUCAUCAUCAGGUUCAUUCAUCAACAUCCGGUACCACAACAAUUGAUACUGAUCAAUUACCACCCGGUUCAACAAUAACAUUAGCCAUACAGACGAUUGCUGCACCUGAUUCAGAUGAUUCACUUGGACCAUCAAUGUCAUCGGCUGCAUGUCAAACGGCAUUAUCUUUACCUCCAUUACUCUAGUCUUUGAUUUUUUAUUUCUUGAUUCAAUAAUAAUACACCACCCACGAAUACGAAUCCAAUUUACACCGAUUAAUCACAAUAUGAUGAUAUCCAUACAAAAUGACCAUAAUUAGCCAUCAAUUUGAAAGACGACAACAAUAUGCUACUUAAUUUUUACCAUAUACACACACACAAACCCUUAUUAUUAUUCUAUCAUUAUCUCAUCAUUAUUAUCUAAGUCAUCAUCAAAUGUUUCAGCGAAAGAAAAAAAAAUGAAACAUCAAGUAUUCCCGCCGCCUGGCCAUGAUUAUCAUCAUCAUAAAUUAGACACAUUAAAUAUUCGCUGCAUCACAGCCAACAAAUUAAUUUACUUAACCCUCUCCCCUUUACUUGACGAUUUUUUUCAUCAUUUUCAAACCGCCGAUUUUAUUCGAUUCUUUUUUUGUUUCCAGAAUUUUCUC